GGCGCGAGGUGCGGGCGUGACCCGGAGGAGGCGGAGGUGGUGGCCGCGGCCCUGGAGGCGGGCCCGGCGGAGCCCAGCGCCGGGGGACCGGCCCUGGCUCCCGUUCCGCCGGCGCCGCGCGGCCGCGAGGCCCGGCCCAGCGCAGAGACCACGCACUUCCGGGAGCGCGCGGCCGCGAUGUCGGUGGGGACGCUGAAGAAGCAGUUACUCCAAGCCAGCCAGGAUAUGAACUUUGAGGACGUGGCCAUUGUCUUCUCUCAGGAGGAGUGGGGGCUCCUUGAUGAACCUCAGAGACUUCUCUACUGCGAUGUGAUGCUGGAUGUUUUUGCACUUGUAUCAUCUGUAGGUUGUUGGCAUAAAAUGGAUGAUGAGGAGGCCAAUUGUGAGCAGAGUGAAUAUGUACCAGGAGAGUCACAAGUCAGGGCUUUUAAGACAGCUCCAGCAACCCAGAAGACCCAUCUUUGUAAGUGUUUCUCAGUGUUAAAAGAUAUUUUGCACCUGACUGAGUUACAAGCAGCAUACUUUGAGCAGAAAGCCUUCUUCACUGACAAAUGUGCGAGAGACUUCAGUUUCAGUGCAAACCCUCACCAGCAACAGAGAGAUGCCAGUGGAGAGAAGCCCUGGAAAGAAGAUAUGGACAGGGCCUCAUUUGUGUCCCAGUGCAGCUUUUACUUAACAUGGCUGCCUUCAACCAUUAGGGAGGUUGGGGAAGACUUGCCAGCCAUCUCAGACAUUCUCCAGCUCCAGGCCACUUUUACCACUGAGGAGCCACACAGUGGUAGUGAGAUUCCACAGGAAUUUCUCAGUGGAAGAAGUCAUGACGAGUGGGGUGAAUGUAAAAAAGCUGCCAGCCACAACCAGAAAGUUGUUCAACAUCAGGGUGUCGGCUCCAGAGAAGUGAAUUGUGAGUGUAACAAAUGUGGGAAAGCUUUUAGAGAAAUCUUUAACCUCAUUCGUCAUAGGAGAGUUCACACUGCAGAAAAGCCAUAUGAGUGUAGUGAUCGUGGGAAGUUCAUCCUGAGGUCCAAACUCAUUCAACGACACAAAGGCCACACUGGAGAAAGGCUGUAUGAGUGUCAUGAGUGCAGGAAGUCCUUCAAUCAAAGCAGUACCAUCGCUCAACACCAGAGAAUUCACACUAGAGAAAAACCUUAUGAGUGUAGUGAAUGUGGGAAAUCUUUUACCUGCAAUAGUCAUUUCCUUUUCCACAAGAGAGUUCACAGUGCUGCAGAACCUUAUGAGUGUAGUGAAUGUGGGAAAUCUUUUACCCGCAACAAUAACCUCCUUAUCCACAAGAGAGUUCACACUGGUGCAAAACCUUAUGAGUGUAGUGAAUGUGGGAAAUCUUUUACCCGCAAGAAUAACCUCCUUAGCCACAAGAGAGUUCACACUGGUGUAAAGCCAUAUAAGUGUAGUGACUGUGGGAAGUCAUUUACACACAGUUAUACCCUCAUUCAACACCACAGAGUUCACAAUGGAGAAAAUCUGUAUGAGUGUAGCGAUUGUGGGAAGUCCUUCAAAAAAAGGUCUAACUUCAGUGAACACAGCAGAGUCCACACUGGAGAAAAGCCCUAUGAGUGUUCUGAUUGUGGGAAGACCUUCAGUAAAAGCAGUAACCUCACUCGACAUAAGAGAGUUCACAGUGGUAAACCUUACGAGUGUAGUGAAUGUGGGAAAUGUUUUACCUGCAGUAAUCACCUUCUUAUCCACAAGACAGUUCACACUGGAGAAAAGCCAUAUGAGUGUCGUAAAUGUCAGAAGUCCUUUAGGCAUAGCAGUACCCUCACUCAACAUCAGAGAGUUCAUAGUGGAGGAAAGCCCUAUGAGUGUUCUGAUUGUGGGAAGUCCUUCAGUAAAAGCAGUAACCUCACUCAACAACAGAGUAUUCACAGUGGUGCAAAACCUUAUGAGUGUAGUGAAUGUGGGAAAUCUUUUACCCGCAAUAGUGAGCUCCUUAUCCACAAGAGAGUUCACAGUGGUGCAAAACCUUAUGAGUGUAGUGACUGUGGGAAGUCAUUUACACACAGUUAUACCCUCAUUCAACACAGCAGAGUCCACACUGGAGAAAAGCCCUAUGAGUGUUCUGAUUGUGGGAAGACCUUCAGUAAAAGCAGUAACCUCACUCGACACAAGGGAAUUCACAGUGGUGAAAAACCUUAUGAGUGUAGUGAAUGUGGGAAAUGUUUUACCUGCAGUAAUCACCUUCUUAUCCACAAGACAGUUCACACUGGAGAAAAGCCAUAUGAGUGUCGUAAAUGUCAGAAGUCCUUUAGGCAUAGCAGUACCCUCACUCAACAUCAGAGAGUUCAUAGUGGAGGAAAGCCCUAUGAGUGUUCUGAUUGUGGGAAGUCCUUCAGUAAAAGCAGUAAUCUCACUCGACACCAGAGUAUUCACAGUGGUGCAAAACCUUAUGAGUGUAGUGAAUGUGGGAAAUCUUUUACCCGCAGUAAUAGCCUCCUUAUCCACAAAAGAGUUCACACUGGUGUAAAGCCAUAUAAGUGUAGUGACUGUGGGAAGUCAUUUACACACAGUGAUAUCCUCAUUCAACACCACAAAGUUCACAAUGGAGAAAAUCCGUACGAGUGUAGCAAUUGUGGGAUGUCCUUCCAAAGAAGGUCUAACCUCAAUGAACACAACAGAGUCCACACUGGAGAAAAGCCCUAUGAGUGUUCUGAUUGUGGGAAGUCCUUCAGUAAAAGCAGUAACCUCACUCGACACAAGGGAGUUCACAGUGGUGAAAAACCUUAUGAGUGUAGUGAAUGUGGGAAAUGUUUUAGUCAGAAAUAUAGCCUGGUUAGACACUUAAGCCUUCACACUGCAGAAAAAGCCUUCAAUAUGCAGGGAAUGACAUAUUUUUUCACUCAGUUUUACAACACUGAAGGAGAUUCCUACAGACCCAUUUAGCUGAUAUUAGACCCCUUUUUAUCAGAACAUACACUAUGCUAGAUUCCUCCUAAGUUUCAGCUGUAAGUGAGCCUUUAAAGUGUUGCAUUGCACUUGCUGUCCUACCCAGGCCUACUACCUAAUUGAUGUCACUGUGAGUAUAUGUGGCUGAAAGUAAUUCACUUUUACCACCUGGUUCACCUGAACAGUAUGUGCCUCUGGGGGGAAGUCAUUUAUUUAGUUCUCUGCCCUCAUUCAACAUCAGAGCAUUCACACUGGAGAAAAGCUGUAUGUGUGUACUGAUUGUGGGAAGUCCUGUGUGCUCAGUAAAAAAUGAAUUCUGUAUUCUUACUUAUGUUUGAGGAAAUGAUGAGUACUCCGAGCUCUUAGGAUCUUUACUCCUUUGUCUCUGACUAAGGACUGGACCUAACCAUUGUUUCCCCCAGACCACCAUCCUAAGAUGCACUAUGCCAGUGGUUCUCAACCUUCCUAAUGCUGCGACCCUUUAAUACAGUUUCUCAUGUUGGGGUGACCCCCAAUUUCAUUGUUACAAAUUGAACAUAAUUAAAGCAUAGUGAUUAAUCACAAAAACAAUAUGUAAUUAUAUAUGUGUUUUCCUAUGGUCUUAGGCAACUCCUGUGAAAGGGUCGUUCGACCCCCAAAGGGGUCGCGACCCACAGGUUGAGAAUCGCUACGCUAUGCCUUUCUGGUACAUUGUGCUUCUCACAUUGUGCUGUGAUGAAUUUUUUUAGGUAGCUAUUCACCAACAUGCAAACCACUUGCUGUAUAUGGCUCUGGUUUAUGAUCUUUUUCUAAAGGUGCUUUUUGCAUUUGUACCUUUAAUUUAUUGGUUCUGUUCUCUGCCUGGGAUGAAUUGAAAGCACAAUUGUGAUCUGUCGGCAGGUAGAGGUGAAGAGAUAUUGUGGGGAUCCCAAACUUUCAGUGCUUCUGAAGGGACAUCACGAUGGCAGAAAAUCAGUUUUUUCCCAAUAUUUGCUUAUUUUGCAUUUCUGCCCAAAGUCUUGAAAGCAAGACUGCGGAACUUUAUGGUUCUAUAUUGCAGCCUGGUACCUCUAUUAUUGGUGAGGUCAAAGGUCACUUUGUUGUGCUUCUGUGAACAAUAUGAAUUAUAUUCUCCAUUCACAGUGUGUAUGACAUAAGUCUCAGCAAUAAUCUGCAUACCAUGAUGCACUAAAUUUCAUAAACCGGUGUCAUUCGUUGUAAGAAUUUGAGGAUUAGGUGCAACCACAAUUAGGACAGAAGCACUGCUCCAAUCAAUAGCGAGUGCGAGAGACUGCAGUAAAUUGGUUUAAAAAAUGCCUCUUUUGAAUGUUUUCCACAAAUUUUCCAGGGCCUGUGACUUGUGGGAUGUUUGUGUACAGACAUUCUCAGAACCUGCAUAACUUUCUUGUGGCUGAAGUCAUUGGUAGAGCAAAUACUCUUAUGGUGGUGGUGUUUCUGCUGGCCCCUCGAGGGUGUUCACCUCAAGGUUUAUGCUCAAUAGACAGGAUCUAAAAGGUAGAGGAAGGAUAAUCUUGUAGUCAAUCCUAAGUUGUGGAUUUUGUAACCUGUCAGCAUCCCUGUUGAUUCUGCUGGCAAAAGUCUUUACUGCUUGCUGAUAUUUGCUGCCACUAAGGCAAGGCUAUUCCUCCUAUGAUAUGAGAACUGACAUGCAAAAAACUGCAGUUUUCUUACGUGUUCUAUUUGGUGAACUUUGAUGUACAUAUAAAGCUGUGAAACUGUCGCACAUGAAACAAACUUAUCUGUCAACAUUAUGUACAGUGGAGCAAAAAUAGGUUACAGGUAUGAGCACCCAAAAUAGAGAGUUUAUUUUUAAAACAUUUUUAUUGAUUCUUUUUGGGAGAUAGGAAGGGAGGGAGAAAGAGAAACGUAUAUAUGAGAGAGAUUUGCUGCCUCCUGCACACCCCCUACUGGGGUUCAAGGAUCUGAAAUGGAUCUAGUGAACUUGAAGGGUCAGGGAUAAUGCCCAACCAACUGAGCAACACUGGUGAGGUCACAGUAUAUUCUUGUAUUAUUAUUAUUUCAUGCCAUACCAACAGCUCUAAACCUGCUUUCCACACACCCCAUAUUUGCCUCUUGCCCUUUUAUAAUCCCUCUGCCUUCCCCAGCCCCCCAUAGAGGCAUUGAUUUUCCUUCCAUUACAACACAUUAGUGCAUAUUUUUCAUAAUUUUAUAGGCACUAGAAGGUGUGUGCACUUUAACAAAUAUUGGUUUCCUUCAUGCUGCACUGUUAUUUUGAGAGUCAACACUAAUGCUGAUGUGAAUAGUUAAUUAUUUUAUUGCUGAGUAGUAUUGUGUUCUGUGAAUUACCACUUUAUUGAUCUAUCUAUGAUUUUGGUUAAUUCCAUGUUUGGGGUAUUAUAAAUAAAUCUGUUGGGAAUAUUUGUGUUCA